CUCGGAUCAGAGCAGCCAGACAAGAAAAGACAGAGGGACUGGGCUGGAGCCUGUCGCAGGAAACACGCUACCAAACUCCCCACAGAUAUGCCUCGACGAGUAUCCAUGUAGUCAGCUGUUACAGGAACUCCUUGGAAGCUGGGGUGAAGCUCCAGGAGUUUGGAGGCCUACAGUCUGCCCUGUGAAGACUGUUGAAGGUGGUUACUUAACAUAUAAACAGUGAUGUGGACAUAUUAAGUAAACGCUUACCACCAGUGAUAUCAGCAUAAUCAUCAGGAAUCCAAGCAACCAUAUAAUCAACUUAUCAAGGGAUGUGGGAUUCCUAUUUGUGACCCAAAGGCACAUGCUGACCGAACAGGAGGCUGAUGGGAAAGUUUUACCUGCUGCAACACCCACCAGCUCCAGUGAGAUGUCCCCAGGCGGAGUGAGAUGUGGAUGACGGUGUAAGCCAGGGGAAUUCAAAGUCUGGGCCAAGAUAUCCUCUCACUGAGCCAAAAAGUAAUCUGCUCUAGUUUACACAAAAAAAACCCAUACACACACAUUCACUCCCAGUCAGCCGUUACAAUGCUGAUGCCAGGACCACUGUGGGUGUGCCUGGCACUGAUAUGGGUGGGAAGCUGCAGUACCCACAGCCUGUUCACCUGUGAGCCAAUCAAAGUGCAUCGAUGCUUGGGGAUGCCCUACAACAUGACUUUCUUUCCCAACAUGAUGGAGCAUUAUGAUCAGGAUAUUGCUGCCAGCAAUAUGGAGCCAUUCAUGCCCUUGGCAAACCUGCGCUGCUCUCCAGACGUCCACCACUUUCUUUGCCAAGCUUUUGUCCCAGCAUGCACUGAGGAGAACAACGUGAUCCCUCCAUGCCGAGAGCAGUGUGAGACUGUUCUGUCCGACUGCGAAGAGAAUAUCCGCAUCUUUGGUAUCACCUGGCCCCCUGAGCUGCAGUGUGACAAAUUGGAUUCAUGUAGCCGCUCUGAUGGCUCAGCACUUCCUGCAACCACGCCAGUGAUCUCUUCCUCGUCGGCUAAGAGGGACCUGGGCUUCUGGUGUCCUCUGCAGUUAAAGACAAAACCAGGCCAUGGAUCGUCGUUCCUCGGCGCCCAGGACUGUGCUCCGCCUUGCUCCAACAUGUACUUCAAACCCCACGACAUUGAGUUUGCCAAGAGCUUCAUCGGUGUGUGCUCCAUCAUCUGCCUGGGCGCCACACUCUUCACUUUCCUCACUUUCCUCAUCGACGUCAAACGUUUCCGCUAUCCUGAGCGCCCCAUAAUCUUCUAUGCCGUCUGCUACAGCUUUGUCUCGCUCAUAUACUUCAUUGGGUUCCUGCUGGGAAAUAAUGCAGCCUGUACUAAGGCAGCACAUCCUCCUGGUGUGGAUACAGUGGUGCUUGGCUCUCAGAGCAAAGGGUGUACUUUGCUUUUUAUGCUCCUUUACUUUUUCUCCAUCGCUGGUAUCGUCUGGUGGGUCAUACUCACCAUCACCUGGUUCCUGGCAGCUGGACCUAAGUGGAGCUGUGAGGCCAUAGAGAAGAAAGCGGUAUGGUUCCACUCUGCUGCCUGGGGGAUCCCUGGGGCACUAACAGUCAUGCUGCUCGCUCUGAACAAGGUUGAAGGGGACAACAUCAGUGGAGUUUGUUUCGUUGGACUCUAUGACCUGGACGCCCUGCGCUACUUUGUUCUGGCUCCACUGUGUGUGGGCGUCAUAGUCGGCCUCUUCCUCAUCCUGGCUGGCAUUGUUUCUCUCAAUCAUGUCCGGCAGGUCAUUCAGCACGACGAGCGCAACCAGGAGAAGCUGAAGAAGUUCAUGAUUCGCAUUGGUGUGUUCAGCUGCCUCUACCUGGUCCCCCUGGUCACCCUAUUAGCCUGCUACACCUACGAACAGAGUCACCGCAGCACCUGGGAGAACACCUGGAUCAACGACCGCUGUCAGGAGUACAGCAUCCCCUGUUCCUACAAGACAACAGAGCACGACCGUCCUGACCUCUCUUUGUUUUUGGUGAAAUACUUGAUGACGUUGGUGGUUGGAAUAUCUGCAGUGUUCUGGGUCAGCAGCAAAAAGACGUGCUCUGAGUGGGCUUACUUCUUCAACAGGACCCGCAAGAGAGAUCCCAUCAGCGAGAGUCGCCGGGUGCUCCAGGAGUCCUGUGAGUUCUUCCUCAAGCACAACAGCCGUGUCCAGCACAAGAAGAAGCACUACAAGCCCAGCUCCCACAAGCUCAAGGUCAUCUCCAAGUCCAUGGGCACAAGCACAGGCGCUGCUCCCACCACUGCCUCCACCGCCGGCAACACCACCAACCAAGGAGCCUCUGCAGUGGGCAAUCACGAGCCCCAUCUGCAAGGUUCUCUGUCUGAGACCUCAGCCAGAGAGCACCUGAACAGGGGCGCCUCCAGCCGAAGCUCCAGAAGGGGGGAGAGGGAGAGGGACAGGGAGCGGGACCGAGACAGGGAGAGGGAGAGGGAGGGAGGAGAGAGACGCAGCAAAGGUGGGAGCUCCAGUAAGGUCAGCAGCCGGUCAGAGAGCAUGCACAGAGUUCCAGAUGGGAGGAUGACCCCGAGGAGCGAGCUGUCAGAGGCCAGACAGGUUCCCAGUGGACAGCAACAUUCAGCUUUAAACCGAUCACACAGCAGCAGCAUCAUCCAAGACUCCACCCACCAGCUGGUGCACCAGGUGCUUGAGGAGAGCAAGGACACAAAGGACAGCAGCUGCUGAAAUAUCUGACAUACCAUCCAUUCAUCCAUACUUGAUAUCACUGAGAAAACAGCCACACUUAAUGCUGGUUCAUGUGCCCAUUUGUGUGUCAUAUAUCAUAUAAGCUCCAUACAUCAGAUAAUGAUUGUAUUGGUUACAUUAGUCAGUGAAUGUUAAUUGCUAGCAAAAUGUAACAUACCUUGAGUAUUUCAAAUGUGGUGUGUUGGAUUCUAAAGGUGAUGAUUUAGUUUGGGUGACAGCUUUGUCUUACAGCUUUACUGAGCUUUUAGCUUACACCUGAAUGUUACAGCAGCACAGCUGUAUCCCUACCAGUUUAAUUUUAUACCAUGCAUUAGUUCUACUGUUCUGUAGUUUGGUAGCCAAGAGGUGUAGAAUGCAUACUAGUGAACAAGCAAUAUUUAUGUAAAUAUUCUUCUAUUUUAGGAAUCUAUUCCUGGACUAGUCGCAACACUGAGUUUUGUUAAAAAGGUCAUGAUGAGGAGAGUCUUCCUGUGGUCAGAUGUUUUUGAAUGUCUUAUUGUUCUUCCUGGAAAGAUGAUUUGUCUUGAAACCACAUCUUGUAAUACAUACUGUGCUACUUUUUCUCCUUUGGUAUAGUUGAUUUUUUUUUUUUUUUUUUUUAAGUUUUCUCAGAAGAUGUACUUUGAUUUUAUGUUUAUUUCCAUUUUACUUCUUGUUUCUGUUGUAUAAACACUGAUUGUGCAGAGGUUGGUCCCUUUAAGUGUUCUCAAAGACGCGUCCUGUGAAUUUGGUUUAAGUAUAGCUUUAUAGCUUUCUGAAAGAAUGUGCCUUCCUUUGAGCAUUUCCUCAUCUUCAAAGAACCUACAGAUGUUUUGCAUGUGUGAUGUGUACCUGUGUUCUUGUGGAUGUAAAUUCUUUUAAUCUUCAAGAAAAUUGAGGAAACAAAUCAAACAGGCUUUGCACUAUUUGUCAUUAGAAGCACAAACCACUAAUUAUUAAGUAUGACUAGUCAUAAACAAAUAAAAAAGAGUAUUUGGGGAAUGUUAAGGGCUUAUUUAUAACACAUGGGUCACGGAUGUUACCAAGUAUUUCCAGAGCUACUUCUGUGAUUUAUUUGAGCAUCUGUCAUGCUGUACUGUUCUGCUGCGUAAGGGACGGAUUGUUCUCUUAAGUUUCUUUACCUUUUGUAUUUGGGAGUCACGUGACAAUUUCAAUAACACUAAUUAAAAGGGAGUCCUUGUCAGUUUCUUCUGUAUAUUUUUAUUCUGGCACGUGGACGGGUCUUGCUUAUGAUGUACCAAGACUUAGUGUAGUCUAUGAAAUGCUCUAUACAGUUCUGUGAGCUGUUAUUACUGUUUUUAUGUAGCCUGUCAAUCAAAUUUUGUAUCAAUACAAUUCCAUUUUGCUAAAAUAUUGAAUAAUAAAAGAUUGAAUUCA